ACCAGCUCCCUCCUACAUCUGGCGCCCAGAGACACUUGGGAUCCCGCGCACACUCACUGCCCUGGACCAGCACCCGACAGAAAUCGCCCUGAGGGGCUUGGGUCGCUCUUGGGGUGGCCAGAGCCGCUGUCCUCUGUCCCCCUCGACGGCUGAGGGGAGGGGGGAGGAGGCCGAGCGCCCCCCUCCCCGGCGCCAACUCCCCCUGGCGGCCGCUCCCAUGGGUGUCGCUGGGCCGCGCCAUGCCUAAGGGGGCGCCGCGAUGGGCCAAGGGGACGAGAGCGAGCGCAUCGUGAUCAACGUGGGCGGCACGCGCCACCAGACGUACCGCUCGACGCUGCGCACGCUGCCCGGCACGCGGCUCGCCUGGCUGGCGGAGCCCGACGCCCACAGCCAUUUCGACUAUGACCCGCGUGCCGACGAGUUCUUUUUCGACCGCCACCCGGGCGUCUUUGCGCACAUUUUGAACUACUACCGCACAGGCAAGCUUCAUUGCCCGGCCGACGUGUGCGGGCCGCUCUACGAAGAGGAGCUGGCCUUCUGGGGUAUCGACGAGACCGACGUGGAGCCCUGCUGCUGGAUGACGUACCGCCAGCACCGGGACGCGGAGGAGGCGCUCGACAGCUUUGGCGGCGCGCCCCUGGACAACAGCGCUGACGACGGAGACGCCGACGGCCCUGGAGACUCGGGCGACGGGGAGGACGAGCUGGAGAUGACCAAGCGCCUGGCGCUCAGCGACUCCCCUGACGGCCGGCCUGGCGGCUUCUGGCGCCGCUGGCAGCCGCGCAUCUGGGCGCUCUUCGAGGACCCCUACUCAUCCCGCUAUGCGAGGUAUGUGGCCUUUGCCUCCCUGUUCUUCAUCCUGGUCUCCAUCACCACCUUUUGCCUGGAGACCCACGAGCGCUUCAACCCCAUAGUGAACAAGACGGAAAUCGAGAAUGUCCGGAACGGCACGCAAGUGCGCUACUACCGGGAAGCGGAGACGGAGGCCUUCCUCACCUACAUCGAGGGCGUCUGCGUGGUCUGGUUCACCUUCGAGUUCCUCAUGCGUGUGGUCUUCUGCCCCAACAAGGUAGAGUUCAUCAAGAACUCGCUCAACAUCAUUGACUUCGUGGCCAUCCUCCCCUUCUACCUGGAGGUGGGCCUCAGCGGCCUGUCCUCCAAGGCCGCCAAGGACGUCCUGGGCUUCCUGCGCGUCGUCCGCUUCGUGCGCAUCCUGCGCAUCUUCAAGCUGACCCGGCACUUCGUGGGCCUGCGGGUGCUGGGCCACACGCUCCGCGCCAGCACCAACGAGUUCUUACUGCUGAUCAUCUUCCUGGCCCUGGGCGUGCUGAUCUUCGCCACCAUGAUCUACUAUGCCGAGAGGAUAGGGGCGCAACCCAAUGACCCCAGUGCCAGCGAGCACACCCACUUUAAGAACAUCCCUAUUGGCUUCUGGUGGGCCGUGGUCACCAUGACGACCCUGGGCUACGGAGACAUGUACCCGCAGACGUGGUCCGGGAUGUUGGUGGGGGCACUGUGUGCGCUGGCGGGCGUGCUGACCAUUGCCAUGCCCGUGCCCGUCAUCGUGAACAAUUUCGGGAUGUAUUACUCCUUAGCCAUGGCUAAGCAGAAACUACCAAAGAAAAAAAAGAAGCAUAUUCCACGGCCACCGCAGCUGGGAUCUCCCAAUUAUUGUAAAUCUGUCGUAAACUCUCCACACCACAGUACUCAGAGUGACACAUGCCCGCUGGCCCAGGAAGAGAUUUUAGAAAUUAACAGAGCAGAUUCCAAACUGAAUGGGGAGGUGGCGAAGGCCGCGCUGGCGAACGAAGACUGCCCCCACAUAGACCAGGCCCUCACUCCUGAUGAGGGCCUGCCCUUUACGCGCUCGGGCACCCGCGAGAGAUACGGACCCUGCUUCCUCUUAUCAACCGGGGAGUACCCGUGCCCACCUGGUGGAGGAAUGAGAAAGGAUCUUUGCAAAGAAAGCCCUGUCAUUGCUAAGUAUAUGCCGACAGAGGCUGUGAGAGUGACUUGACCAGGCGGCUUGGCCGAGGACACUGGUGGCUAUUAAGCAUCUGGGUGGACCUGCAGCCCCU